GAUGAUGGCCUUCGUGUACUAUGCACUGGCCUGCUACAGUGCUAUCGUAACCGCUUGCGCCAAGUUCACUCAGAGCAGCCAACCGUAACAGGACAGGAAGCAGUUGAAGAUGUGUCCUCCAUCUCCACUGAUGACUGUCCCAGCUCUUUCACUCACUCAUCAGACGAAGUAUCAGUGUGUGUGCGUGGGUUGGAGCGACUCUGCGUGGCGAACAACGGCUUAACGGCGUCUGGGAUGCAGAUUGUCGCGUUGCUUCUCAUGCAAACCCCCCAACGUUUGGUUCCUCUAGUUGGAGGUCUU